ACGGUCUUUGAUUUGAUGGACGCAUCGAAUGACUCAAAUUGAUAUUAAAAGGGAGCGAAAUGGCGGAAGUUCAGUACUCGGAUGAUCUUUUUAUGUCCCAAGAUAGUAGUGAUGAAAGGUCAAUUCAGAAAGAGGCCAACAACUGUGAAGAAACUGGCACUUCAUGUGGAAACGAAUACCAAAGCAGCCAUGCAACAAAUGUUUCACGAGAAGUACGACUGUCUCUAUUACCUUUCGCCCGUAUCAAACAACUCAUGAAAGUGGACUGCGAAAUAAGUGUAAUCAGUGCUGAAGCUAUUUUUGUUGUUACAAAAGCCACCGAGCACUUCGUUCAAACAUUAGCGAAGGAUGCAUGCGGUUAUACAAUGGAUUCAAAGAAGAAAAACAUGUCCAAGGCUGAUAUCGAAAAGACGAUUGCUAACACUUUCUCGCUAAAAUUUAUGGAAGGAAUGAUGGAUUUGUGAAAAUAUAUAAGAUGAAAUGCGCGGUAAACUACGUUAAAAAAAUAAAUUAAUUUUAUUUUGGUUA